UUAUGGGUGGAUUCUAUCGACCUCAAUGUCGAAAAAAGUACACGACCGGAAUCUGCUCAACCUACCAUCUGAUUCAUGCUGCAGUGCAAUUUGAUCAUAUCGCAUCCUUGGAAUGGUCAGGCUCGACUGUUCCCAGUCCAUGGCGAUGGCCGAUCUUCACUGCCUGUCCUCAGUGGCGCGCAUGCUCCACGUGGCAGGAGGCAGGACUUGCGAGGUAUUCCAUGUGGUCCCGGGAAAAGUUUACACGAUCGGAAGAUCCAAGACAAGCUGUGAUCUUGUCUUCGAAGACCGCCGUGUGAGUCGACGGCAUUGCCAGAUCAAGCUCAACGAGACUGGAUACAAAUUGUUGCUGCGUGAUGGCUAUGACUUAGACAACGAGCGCAGUACAACACCUUCUGCCCAUGUUCCAUGUGGGAAGUCCAUGCUCAAGGAACGUGGAAAGAUCCCGAGCGUACCUAUCUCUUCAUUAUCCUGCAAUGGUGUGUACAUAGAUGGGACGAAGGUGGUGUCCGGUGUGUGGGCUGAAGUGCAAGACGGAGCAGAGGUGUCCCUUGUGGCGUGCACUAGAGAUGGAAAACCCAUCGAUGGAGCCUUUGGAGAGCCGAUUGGGUUCCGUAUCGAUGUGCAGAAAGACAGACAUGACCCCCGUCGUGGUAGUGGUGGUGGUGGUGAUGAUGGUGGUGGGAGCGGCCCUGUUCCCCGUGCGCAUAGCAUUUAUACUAAUGACAGCAACAGAAAUGACAGCGAUAACAACCAUGGUCAAACUCAUGGAAAUGAACAGGAUGCUGACAAAGUCAGUGAGGGAAGGGAAAGUUGUAGAAGGAUCGAUUGUGAUGAUGGAGACGGAGGAGGCAAUGAGUACUGUGGAUUAGUGGAGGUACAAAAAGGUAGCAUGGUGGAGGAAGGGGCGGGAUGGUCAGGAGGUGUAAAGCAGGAAGGGGAAGGAGAAGCUUGCAGGACUCGAAGCAGAGGGAGGGAGAGUGCAGGAGGAGGAGGAGGUGGUCAAGGAGGAGGAACAGCUGGAGGAGUGGCCAGUUAUGGGAAGGAAGCAGAAGACUCAGGGCAUGAAGGAGUAGGUAAACUAGCAGGAGGACACAGCUCCACUGAAGCAGCAAGAGCCAAAGGUGAUGGAGGUGAAGAACGAAGAGGAGAUGCAAGAGUCAACGCCUGUAAUAAGUACAAAGAUUCAGAAGAUGGUGGAGAAAGGGGGGUGGGAGGAGACCAAGUUAAGAGAGAAGAAGACACAUGUGUUGAAGUAGCGCUUGCAGAAGAUGGUAGGGAAAACAGGGUAGGGAGGGAGGGAGGAGAAGGGAAAGGGGAAGGGGAAGAAGAAGAAGGGCCUGGGGAAGCAGGUACAUGUGGUACGCAAGCUCAUGGAGAAGGUGGAGUAGGCGAGGAAGGAGGAGCAAGGGGAAGAACAGGGGCAGUAUCUGAUAGGGAAGCGGAGGGAAGAGGUGGAAGGGAUGGAGAGCGAGGAACACUAGGUCGUGGAGUGAAAGGAGGAGGGGAGGGAAAAGAAACAGGUAGGGUAGGAGAAGUAGAAAGGGCAGGAAAAUGUAUCUAUCAUAAAGCAGCAGAAGUAUAUGGAAAUUCAAUGCUCAAGGGAGCUGGGGGCCGAUAUGCUGGAAGAAGCGCCAGUGUAGGGGCAGACUUAGGACAAGGACCAGGAGGAAACAAGUGCAGGAGAGGAGUGGAAAGAGUAGGAGGUGGUGGGUGCAAGGUCGAAGGAGGCAAAGGAGAAGAAGAGGAAACGUGUAGUGCAGGAGUAGGCGCUGAAGGUGGAGGGAAGAAGGGGCAAGGACGAAGUGGCGAUGGAGAUGGAAGCGUUGAUCAACGUGAAGGCUUACGCAAAGGGAGCAGUUGGGAGUGGGCAAUUCAAUCCUCUCUCCCAAAGAAGUUGGAGUUGAGGGUGUCCAGAAAGAGGAAACUUGAUGACCAGGUGGCCAUGGGACUUGGGGAACAGGAGAGAGCCCCUUGUUCCUGCAGCAAUGAUGUGCAAGGAGCACUUGCUGGAAACAACUGCCUUGCUGUCUUGACAGCUGGAGCUCAUUGGCGUGGAUCAUGUGCUGGUGCUGUCGAACAUACUAAUGCCGGUUUUUCUCAAGGGAAAUACAUUCACGUGAUUGAAGUUGGAAGCGGAGGUUAUGAUGCACACCAGCACGGCAGCGACGAUUCAACUUGGACAAAAUCGGAGGUGCAGCUGUGGCGUAAGAAGAUGCGACUGAUGGAUGCUGAGAGUUCUGAGGAGUGGAUCGGCAGCGAUGCCUGGAGGUGGUGCCAGCAAGAAGAAUUAUGGUACGUUGGGGAGGGGGCGAAUCGGGAGAAAGAAGUAGAAGAGAGAGAAGAGGAAAAGGAGGAAGCGGAAGUGGAAGAGAAAGGGAAAGACUCGCAGAGGGAUGGCGAUGAGGAAGAGCAUGCUGUCUGGGAGCUAAAGCUAUCAGCGUCUUCUGUGGAGGCUGAACCAGAAGGCCAGUUAGUCACAUGGCUGCCUACGGGUAGUGUAUGCGCGAGAGGAGAAGAAGCACCAUCUUCACCAAAGAAGAAGGUCGGCGAUGGUGGCGAGUCACACAGAAUUUGUGAUGACGAGAACAAUGGUGAUGACGAUGGCGUUGGUGGUCCCAAUGGUGGGAGUAGUUCCAUAGUUGCGAUGCCAGGGGGUGUAUACCCAAUAAUGGGUGGGCAUGCCGGCCCUCCUUCUCUUUCUCACUGUCCUUUGGAGUUGCAUUUGUCAGGGUCACUAGAGGAAUGCCUUGGAGACCACAACAACAUAGUUUUUUCCGGUGGUGGCAAAGGUUUUGGGAAGCCUUAUAACCUCGACAGAAGCAAAACCGUUGUUUUCACUCGUGAAUUGGUCUUUUGUCAUGAGCCUGGUAGAUCCAAUUUGGUCGAAGAAUGUGGAGAUGGUGGUGGAUUGGUUGGGGGUGGUGUUAAUGUCGGUUGUGAGGGGGAUGAAGCUUGCAUUUGUGUUGCCGCGAGGCCCGCGGCGGGUGACAAAAAAUCUGGAUAUGGUAAUGAGAGCAGGCAGGGGAAUUUUGUCCAUUGUCGCGAAGAUGUAUGUGCUGCAAACUGCCCAAUAAUGGAAAGUGUUGGCAAGAGCAGCAGUGCAUCAGAAGUCUUUGGCUUGACACGCAGCACUGGGCCAGAUGGAUGCGGUGGUCGGGAGAAGGAGAAUGAGGGGAACCCAGGAGACAGAGGUGAAGAGCCUGGUCUUCUGGUUAUUGAACAAGACGGAAAUGGGAAGGCGAGAUGUCAACAAAGAAGCCGGGAUGAUAGACAACGGAGUCAGCACAAUGCAACGUUUUGGGUUGGCCCACAGCCGCAUGCUGGAAGAAUAAUCAUGGGUGCAUCAAGGGCAGGGGAGGUGAGUCGUGAUGACGGUGUCUCAAGCAAAAGGGAGCAUGGAGUUCUAUCAUCGUCUUUCGCUGGCAAGGAGGGAGCUUACUCCGCUGUGCCCUCAGGUACUCGCAGCAGCAGUCCUGCUGUGGCUUGUGUAGCGGAACGAGAUAGGGGUGGCAGGGGUGAACGCACUCAAUUGAGUGGGGCCGGGUGUAAGAUACCAGAUGCAAAUCUAGGAGGAGAGAAGAGGACGGGGAUGGGAUCUUCUUCAAUUAUUAAUAAAGAUGCUGCUCUUGCUGGUAAGGAAGAAGAUGAGGAGGCCAGUGCGAGUGAUCCUCAGCAAAACUGUGCAGAAUCUGAUGAGGUGGCGAGGAGAGCUUGUGAGGGAGAGGAAGAAAGGGGAGGUGAAGGGGGAGGAGCCGAACACGAGUCAGAGGCGCAUUCCAUGGGAUCUUCAGAUGAAGGUGCUGCUCUUGCUGGCAAGGCAGAAGGUGAGGAGCCCAGUGCCAGUGAUCCUCGGCAAAAUUGUGCAGAUGAGCUAGAAAGGAGAGCUUGUGAGGGAGAAGAAGAAAGAGGACGUGAAGGAGGAGGAGCUAAACACCAGUCAGAGGCGCAUUCCAGCCAUGGCGAAAGUCUGCUCGACGAGUGGGGGCGCAAUGGCAGGUUAUGUCUGAACUUUCUGGACUGUCUCGAGCCUGGGUCGAAGGGAAACGAGGGCUGCGUGUCGCUAGAUGACUUGCUCUCGCCGGUUUCCGACCUCAAGGCGAUUUUCGCAGCCACCUUUACGCUUGAUUUCUGGUGGUUCCUCACUGCGCACGGAAUUCCACCCUCCGUCCCUGUCACAAUAGCUUGUCAUCACAGGGAACACGGCUGGAGUCACGCUGUGGAGGACCGAUGGGAGCGCCCGGAGCCAUCGAUUUGGCCCAAUCUUGUGCUUGUGUACCCAGUUUUCCCGGAUGUGAACAGGUGGAAGUCAUCCAAAGAUGGAAGUGGGAUGGGUUGUCAUCAUCCGAAGUUAUUUAUUAUCGAGCGCAGAAAUCAUGUGCGAGUGAUUGUGACCUCUGCCAACUUGAACAGUCGCCAGUGGCAACAGGUGACCAACACAGUGUGGUGGCAGGAUUUUCGACGCCGACCUGAGCCAGAUCUGCUCUCAAUUUUCCCCAGUUCUUUCACUGCUUUUGGGCGGUCUGGUUCAACGUGCAGUAUGGUGAACGACUUCAGUGCAGAACUAGCCGCGUUCGUUUCCUCUCUCGUGGCCGAUGUGCCAUCAGAAUCGCAUUGGGUUCUCGAUUUGAUACAUUAUGACUUCUCGGCAGCUGGAGGUUGGCUGCUCGCUUCGGCUCCGGGCUUGCAUUCACCGCAUUGCCCUCCUUUUCCGUUGGUGAAAGCACCCCCCGCCGCGAAGCAAGUAAAAGAUUGUCAGGGAACUGAUCAAGGGAUGAUGUUGACAGUCCGAGGCAAAUAUGUUUGUCGUGCUCUUCACAAAGGUGAAGCCGUAGCCGCAGCAUCGGUCAGGACCGCAAAGUGUGGAGCCAUCGCAGCAGAGGACACGGUGCCAGAUAACGUGGAUGGAUGCAGUGUUGAAGCAGAAGGAAGAGGGGGGAUGCAGAUGCAGGGUUCACCUCUGGCAGAAUGCAGUGCCGCUGUGAACUCGGGGUGUGGAGUCGUGCAGGCACAGGCACAGGCACAGGCACAGGCACAAAAUUUGUCUCAUUUAUCGUUCUCAUCGCCUCUUUGGAUGGACACACUGGAAGAGAAUCGUGACAUUGUCAAUCUGGGAUGCAUAGAGGCUUGUUUAGUUGGGUUGCAUCAUAGAUUUUCAGAUGCUGCAGAUCCAACUGGUUUGCGUCUCCGCUCUCUCAUGGAGUGUUCCGGGGGAUCUGUCUUUUCUAGAAAUUGUGGAAAACACCCACGAAGUUCACAAACAGAAUUGGCGGGCGCUUCCUAUGCUGGGCAUGGGCUGGUGAACGUAAGGCUGUGUCGAAUGAGAGGGGUUGCUGCAGAUGAGAAUGCGGUUGGGGUUGUCAUUCCAGCUAAGCCAAACGUUAGGACGCAAGGUACAAAGCGUCCUGAGUUUAUGACUGGUGAAAGCCGUCUACGUUUUUUGUUGGCGAGCAAGAACGAUCCCGGCUUUGGGAGGAGAGAACAAGAGCAAGACGAGGGCGUGUCGACCGGAGAACAGGGAGGGAUCAUGUUGGGAUUCCUACCGAGAGCUACAGCACAAUGGGUAGCACCUCUGUGGGACGCUGGAGUCUGCCGAUUCUCAGCUUCCCUUCCUUCAAAGGAUUUGCUAGAAGCAGCAGCUGCGCACGGCGAAGGACUUGUCCGGUUAUGGCUGUAUCCUUUCAGGGGGCCGGCCUUCUGUAAGCUGGGAAAGAAGGCAAAUGAUGGAGAUGCAGAUGCCCUGGUGCCUGCUUUGGUGAAGCUUCUUGUGGCGAUCAAACGCCCUCUUGGCCUGUGGCGACUGCAGCAUAUUCUGGCACAGCACAGGUGGCCAGACGAGGCAGAGACAGACUUUGAUUUUGGUUCGUCAUCGGUCGGAACAUCCCUCGAUGCAGCCUUCCUUGGGGCAUUUUCUGCUGCUGCGGGAAGGCGGUCGUUAUAUGUCAGCAGCGACGAGGAAUCUGAUCCUGAGUGGGGAUGCUGGACAGCAAAACACGAAGCCAAAAAUCCGUCAGUAAAAAUUGUGUUCCCAACAAUUGAGAGGGUGAUUGCGGGGAAGAUGGGAGCAUCGCCGUCGUCUGGAUUGCUGUGCUUUGCGGAGAGCACAUGGUCCCGAUUGAAGUCCUCGGGCAUUUUCCAUGAUGCUGUGCCCCAUCCUGCCGAGCGAGCUGGGAUCCCAAUGCAUAUCAAAGUGGGGAGAAGACGUUUUCAGACAAGCCCCUGCUCACAAGCUUUCGGUUGGAUGUACUGCGGCUCACAUAACUUCAGCCCGGCAGCAUGGGGCCGACCAGUGGGAACUGGUCCACUGUCAUCGCCAGGCGGUUGGUAUGGGCCCCUUAGUGCAGCCGGCAGUAUAAUGGGCCCUGUUGGCCUUCAUAUUCACAACUACGAGUUCGGUAUCAUCUUCAUCGAACCACCACCGACACAUUCUGUGAAAUGGCUCGGAUUAAAGGGAGGCUCGGUAAGCCACCGAACGCGCUGUCAAAGAGCAGGUUGGCGAAUGGUGGGUGGUCGCAAAUAUAGGAUUCAACCAAACAGAAUGGAGCUGAAGAUCAGAAAAUGUCCAGAGUAUGCUGCUGCUGCUGCUGCUGCUGAUGAUGAUGAUGAUGAUGAUGACGAUGUUUUGCACAACGAUGGCAGUCGUGAGGACAACAGAAACUCUACCAUGCUCGCGGGUUGCAAAGACACAGGACUGGACCGGUUCGUGGUCCCGUUCAGAAUCCCACCGCCACCAUAUACGAGUGAGGAUGAGCCUGCAACACAGAAGAAGCUGCGGAUGGCCGUAAUUGCUGAGAGAGAAGAGGCUAUGCUGCGCAUGGUCACCACCUGCGCGAACCCGUCAGAUGCAGCAAAGCCAGGUGUAGCCUUUGCUGGGGACCUCAUCAGCUCGGACGACGAGAGCCCAUCCGAGAUGUGCGAAGAACCGGAUGAAGAAGAGCUCCUGGCAGAGGGGGGUGGAAGGGCAGUGCACUCUGAGGAGGAUGUUCGAGUGGAGAUGAUGGCAUUAACGCAGAAGGAAGAUGACGAGUAUGCUGCCACCCUAUGGACACAGUUGGCGGAUGAAGGGUAGAAAGAAGCAUUUCCGAUUCUCUUGGCCUCUGUUCAUUAUUUUAUUUACUUCUCAAAAUAAACUGUCGAUUUUAAA